UAUUAAAAUGUCUACUUUUACAAUUACAACAUUUCUUCGCCCAACAACAAUGCUGUUUUUAAUGUUAGUAUUAAUUCAAGUUUGUGAGCAUUCUUCUGUGCAAGCCCAAUAUGUUGAUAGAUUUACAAGUGGAACUAUUUUAAAUAAUUUGUGGAGGAAAAGGAGAGAUUUAACUAAAAUUACAAAUAAAAAUAAAAUUAGAACAGAUGAGGAGGAUAAUGAGAAUUUUUUGAAUUCAAAACAAGCAAAUAAACGCUGGGCAGAUUUUUAUACUUCUGGAACUAUUUUAAAUAAUUUGUGGAGAAAGAAGCGAAUGAGUGAAAGACAGCAAUACUUAACACAUCCAACAUUGGAUAUUGAAAAUUCUGAAAUUAAUUCUGAUAUAAUUCCGAGAUUUAAAAGACAACUAUUUUAUGUUGAUGGAUUAACCAGUGGAUCUAUUUUAAAUAAUUUGUGGGGAAGAAAGAAAUAA